AUGUCACAACUUAACAACCAUGGGUUGACAUGGUGGUGGAAAAUUAUGAGCAACAACAAUAACGAGAUCACUCUUGCAUUUGUGAUCACCAUUUUCGUAACAAUAUUCUUGGCUAUUUUAUGGUACAAAAAAGUGACAAUUUCAAGCUCCUUAUUUCCACCUUUGCCACCCGGUCCACGUUCCUUGCCAAUUGUUGGCUACCUUCCUUUUCUUACCCCCGAAUGGCCCAAACAGUUCGUCGACAUGGCUCACGCCUACGGUCCAAUCUUCAAAUUUUAUAUGGGGUCCAAGCUUAACGUGGUGAUCAACACGCCAGAAUUAGCGAAAGAAGUUGUCCGUGAUCAAGAUGACGCCUUUGCUAACCGUCAACAAACAGUUGCUGUCUCGGUAUUUAGUUAUGGAGGCCAAGAUAUAAUAUUUUCGGACAACAACUCUAGUUGGCGUAGCCUUAGAAAAAUUUUGGUUCAAGAGAUCCUAAAUAACAAAAGUCUUGAAGCGUGUCGUUUUCUAAGAAGGAAUGAAGUUAGAAAAACGGUCAAAACAGUUUUUGCUAAAAUCGGGACACCAAUUAAUAUUAACGAGAUUGCUUACUUAACGAUGGCAAAAGUCGUUUCAAGUAUGAUUUGGGAUGACAUGUCUAUAGAUAGUCAUCUUGGAGAAGAGUUAAGAAUAAUAGCGUCAGAAAUUGCUGAUACAAUUGGAUUACCAAAUUUGUCUGAUAUUUUUCCUAGUCUUGCGUGGUUUGAUCUACAAGGAGUUGAGCGGGAUAUGAAGAAGCAAGUUAAUAAGUUGAGUCGAGUUCUAACGGACAUCAUUGAAUAUCGAAUUCAGUCUAACUCAAAAGGGUCUAAAGAUGGAGUUGGGCGUGAUGGAAAGAAGGAUUUUUUUCAGAUUUUGCUAGAUCUCAAUGACCAAAAGGAUCCAUCACUCAACAUCGCCAAAAUAAAGGCACUCCUAGUGGACAUUAUGAUUGCGGGGACAGAAACAACGACGACACUGAUAGAAUGGACAAUGGCAGAAAUCAUGAGUAAUCAGCACGUAAGGAAAAGGAUUCAAGAAGAGCUAGAAGAAAUCGUUGGGGCAAACAACAUAGUUGAAGAAUCUCAUCUCCGAAAACUAGAAUACUUGGACGCAACGAUUAAGGAAACAUUUCGGUUGCACCCUGUAAACCCAUUGCUAUUGCCACGGAAACCAAGCCAAGAUUGCGUUGUAGGUGGAUACGCCGUACCAAAAGGAUGUACUAUUUUUUUGAAUGUUUGGUCAAUCCAUAGGGAUCCUCGGUACUGGAACAAUCCACUGGAAUUCAAUCCCGAGAGGUUUUUAAUGAACAAAUGGGACUAUAAUGGAAAGAAUUUGAAGUUCUUUCCGUUUGGAGCAGGAAGAAGAAUUUGUCCAGGUAUUCCAUUGGCAGAGAAAAUGCAAAUGUUUAUAUUGGCAUCUUUGUUGCACUCGUUUGAGUGGAGUUUGCCAAAGGGUGAAAUGCAUGUUGAUCUUUCUGAAAAAUUUGGUAUUACCCUAAAAAGAAGAAAACCACUUAUUGCGAUUCCGUCGCAAAGGUUGUCUGAUGCGAGUCUUUACAAUUAGAGAAUGUGGAUCUCUAUACAAGCUUCUAGUUAUUUGCUAUGUUGAUUAAAUGUGUAAUUGGUUUCCACUUAAUUCCUGCCUUUAGUGAUUGUGUACAAAGUCAAUAAAUGUUUUUGGAUACAAGUAUUA